UCGCGGCGGGCGCCCAAGAUGGACUAUGACUUCAAGGUGAAGCUGACCGGGGAGCGCGAGCGGGUGGAGGACCUCUUCGAGUACGAGGGCUGCAAGGUGGGCAGGGGCACCUACGGGCACGUCUACAAAGCCAAGCGCAAGGACGGGAAAGAUGAUAAAGAUUACGCUUUAAAACAGAUAGAAGGUACUGGAAUUUCCAUGUCUGCAUGCAGAGAAAUAGCAUUGCUGCGGGAGCUCAAGCAUCCAAAUGUCAUUUCUCUGCAAAAGGUGUUCCUUUCUCAUGCUGACAGGAAAGUGUGGCUUCUCUUUGACUAUGCUGAGCAUGACCUCUGGCAUAUAAUCAAGUUUCACAGGGCUUCUAAAGCAAACAAGAAACCAGUUCAGUUACCUCGGGGAAUGGUGAAGUCGCUGUUAUAUCAGAUCCUAGAUGGUAUUCACUACCUGCAUGCUAACUGGGUGUUACACAGGGAUUUGAAACCUGCUAAUAUUUUAGUUAUGGGUGAAGGUCCUGAGCGAGGAAGAGUAAAAAUUGCUGACAUGGGCUUUGCCCGAUUAUUUAAUUCACCUCUGAAGCCUUUAGCAGACUUGGAUCCAGUAGUUGUAACCUUCUGGUAUCGAGCUCCAGAGUUGCUUCUUGGAGCAAGGCAUUAUACCAAAGCUAUUGAUAUUUGGGCCAUAGGGUGUAUAUUUGCAGAGCUGCUAACAUCAGAGCCAAUAUUCCAUUGUCGACAAGAAGAUAUCAAAACUAGUAAUCCUUAUCACCAUGACCAGCUGGACAGAAUAUUCAAUGUAAUGGGAUUUCCUGCAGAUAAAGACUGGGAAGACAUAAAAAAGAUGCCAGAACAUUCAACCUUAAUGAAAGAUUUCCGGAGAAACACGUAUACCAACUGCAGCCUUAUCAAAUAUAUGGAAAAACACAAAGUUAAACCAGAUAGUAAGGCAUUCCACUUGCUUCAGAAAUUGCUCACUAUGGAUCCAAUAAAGAGAAUUACCUCAGAACAGGCUAUGCAGGAUCCUUACUUCUUGGAAGAUCCUCUUCCCACAUCCGAUGUUUUUGCAGGUUGUCAAAUCCCUUACCCAAAACGAGAAUUUUUAACAGAAGAAGAACCAGAUGAUAAAGGAGACAAAAAGAACCAGCAGCAGCAGCAGGGCAAUAACCAUACUAAUGGAACUGGUCAUCCAGGGAACCAAGACAACAGUCACACACAGGGACCCCCACUGAAAAAAGUGAGAGUUGUUCCUCCUACCACUACCUCAGGUGGACUUAUUAUGACCUCAGACUAUCAGCGUUCCAACCCCCAUGCUGCCUACCCCAACCCCGGACCAAGCACAUCGCAGCCCCAGAGCAGCAUGGGCUACUCAGCUACCUCCCAGCAGCCGCCGCAGUACUCGCACCAGACGCACCGGUACUGAGCCGCAGCCGGAGCCCGCCCUGGGCCGCAGAAUGUACUGUACAACCACACCUCCCACCGUCCCGCCACGGCGCCGGGCUCCCACCUUGUACCUGGUCUUGGGGUUAGACUUGAAAAGGAAGUGCUAGCACGGUUUGUGUUGUGGAUAUGCUACUUCUGUAGUUUACUUGACAUGGUUCAGACUGAGCGAUGCAUUUUUUUCAGUGACAGUCUGUAGCAGGUGAGGCUGUGAAAUGUGCUAGGGGCAAGCAUUUUUGUUGUCGUAUGUGGUGAAUUCUCUUGAUGUAACAACUUCAUCUGACCGGUAGUACGCGACAUCUUUGAACUGGUACUUGAAGCAUACAGUAUAUGUUACCAUGGCAAAAAAGCAAACUAACCGUAACUCUCAGACAGUUUUGAUAGACAUUUAUUUUUAGUGACUUUUGUGGGUUGGUUCAUUUUUCAGCUAGAUCGAUGUUUUAUGACCGACAUGAUUGCUACGAUGAGAUUUUUUUAAGAACAUGGAAGCGUUUGCAUUUUUUCCCAGCAAUUACAAGCGUCCCAAAGAUUUAUUUCCAACAUAAGUUUUUGUUUUUGUUUUGAAAUCUAUGACUUGACUGGUAUUAAAGCUGCUAUUUGAUAGUUAAAUAAGUAUGUUGUCAUUGAUAUAAACAUGUUUGGUUCAGCAAACAAACUAAAAUGAUUGUCAUAGACAGUGUUUUAUUUUUUUCCUGUUGGUGUUAAUGAUUUGUGAGCAUGCUUUGGGAUUAAAAAAGCAUGAAUGAUAUUUCCUAAAAAGGUGCGGCAUCCAUUCAGAUAUUUUGUCAUGAUUUUUGAGAACCAGCUUGGUGUAGUGGGUUUUAAAUUUUGUUCAGUUUGUUUGUUUUUUUUUUUUUUAAUGUUCACACGUUGUUUAGGGGUGCCAUUCCUACUGCAGAGGAACAAGAUGUUAGGAGAGCCUUAGAAUUUAUGAGGAAAAACUUACAUACAAUGUACUGUAUCAAACUAUUUUACAUGAAUGACACAAGUAUUCUGAGUAAAAAAAAAAAAUCAAACAUUGUUAAA